AUGCUCUCCAGGAAGUUCAGUGCAGCUGCCGCCCGUGGCCUGCGUCAGCAGCGUGGUCUUGCUACCGCCACCCUGGCAACAUUCCAAACUCCCAAGGUCUUGAACGAACCAAACCAACACUAUGCCAAGGGCAGCCAGCAACGGGCCGACCUGACUGCUGCCGUUGAGAAGCUCCAGAAGCAGAGCCCUUGGACCGUCCCCGUCGUUGUCGGUGGCCAGGAGAUCAAGACAUCCGCUGUGUCGCAGCAGUUCAACCCAGCUGACCACGCCUCGCCCGUGGCCUCAUACCACACCGCAACCCCCGCCGAUGUCUCCAAGGCGAUCGACUCUGCCCUGGCCGCUAAGCCAGCAUGGGAGGCUCUUCCAUUCGCCGACCGUGCUGCCGUCUUCCUCAAGGCUGCUGAUCUCAUCGCCAACAAGUACCGUUAUGACAUCAUGGCCGUCACCAUGCUCGGCCAGGGCAAGAAUGCCUGGCAGGCCGAGAUUGAUGCUGCGGCCGAGCUGGCUGAUUUCCUCCGCUUCAACGUUGCCUACGCCGAGGAGCUCUACAACCAGCAGCCCCAGCACAACACCCCUGGUGUCUGGAACAGACUCGAGUACCGUCCCUUGGAGGGUUUCGUGUACGCCGUGACCCCCUUCAACUUCACAGCCAUUGCUGGUAACCUGCCUGGCGCACCCGCCCUGCUAGGUAACGUCGUUGUCUGGAAGCCCAGCGACUCUGCCAUCCUCUCCAACUGGCUGGUUUACAAGAUUCUCCUCGAGGCCGGCCUGCCCAAGGAUGUCAUCCAGUUCGUCCCCGGUAACCCCGAGGAGGUGACCAAGGUCGUUCUCGGCCACAAGGAGUUCGCUGCCCUUCACUACACUGGCAGCACUGCCGUCUUCCGCAAGCUGUACGGCGCCAUUGGCCAGGGUGUUGCUGAGGGACGUUAUAGGUCCUACCCUCGAAUUGUGGGCGAGACUGGCGGCAAGAACUUCCACCUGAUCCAUCCCUCUGCCGACGUCGACAACGCUGUGAUUCAGACCGUCCGUGGAGCCUUUGAGUUCCAGGGCCAGAAGUGCAGUGCCACCUCUCGUCUCUAUGUCCCCAAGUCCCUCUGGCCCGAGUUCAAGCAGAAGCUUGUCGCUGAGAUCAAGAACAUCGCCAUUGGCGAGCCCUGGACUCACAGCAACUUCAUGGGCCCCGUGAUCCACAACGCUUCGUUCAAGAAGCUCUCGGGUGCCAUUGACGCCGCGAAGAAGGACAGCGGGCUUGAGCUUGUCGUCGGCGGAACCUACGACUCCUCCAAGGGUUACUUCAUCCACCCUACCGUUUACGAGGCCAAGGACCCAGCCCACCCAUACUUUUCUACCGAGUUCUUCGGUCCCAUCCUCACAACUUACGUCUACGACGACGCAGCCCCCAACGGCUUUGAGAAGGCUGCCGAGCUCGUUGACACCACCUCCGAGUACGGACUCACUGGCUCCAUCUUCGCCCAGGACCGAAAUGCCAUCCGUUUCGCUGAGGAGAAGCUGCGCAACGCCGCUGGCAACUUCUACGUGAACUGCAAGAGCACUGGUGCCGUCGUUGGGCAGCAGGCAUUCGGAGGUGCCCGGGCCAGCGGUACUGACGACAAGGCCGGCAGCUCCAACUUGCUGACACGGUUCGUCAACAUCAGGGCCAUCAAGGAGGAGUUCAACCCUACCCUCAAGGUCACAUACCCUAGCAAUGAGGUUUAG